CAGACACCAAUCUUUGCGCAUUCGUUAGCAGCCACUGAUCGGACGUCCCUUACUGUCCAGAGGCUGUGGUGAUGAGACUUGAGCGCAAUGGACACCCUUCCAAGCUCAAUAUGCCGAGCUUGCCGCCUACGACUGCUCAAUCUCUCCCCUUCUCGAGCCUUCAGCACAACCUUGCCUCGCUCGUACAUCCCUCCGGAGUCUCCUGCCUUCGUCGAUGUCCCACAGGCACUUCAACCAGUCCGAGAUUUUCAGCCUCGCCCAAAGGGCAUUCUUCCCGUACCCCGUGAGCUGUUUCCCGCCCGACGGCCAGACAAACCCGGCCAGCAAUACCUCGACAAUGUCACACCUGACCCUCUCCCAAACAACAUCCCUCCUCCCGAACAUCUGACCGAGCCGGGAAAGUACAAACGGCGCAUGGCCGAUUUGAGAAAGACUCAUCUUCGCUCGGCGCUAAAAGAACUGCACGCUCGGAAGACGUCUAUUGACGCUGCCAUCGCUGCUCGCAGCGCUGCCAAACAGCGCGAGCAUGCCCGACUCGUUACGCAAUCCGAACGUGAAGACGUCCGCCUCACCAACGUUUCCGUUCCGAGCGCAAUGCUUCCGCAGAAGAUUCACGAAUUGUCCAUCGAAGAAGAGCUCGCCACCUACAACGCCCGCAAGGCCGCACAUGAAGCUCGUCUGGCAGCAAAACACGAAGAUCGUCUCGACAAACUUCAUACGCUGUAUAUGAACUCGCGAACAUUCAUCACCAAUAAAGAACAACUCAGUGCGGCGAUCGAGAAGGCGUUCACCACGACAGGAAGUAUCUGGAGAAAAGAUGGCAGGCCAGAUACUAUAGAAGAGAUGAUCAAGCGUGGAAGGGACCGGACAGCCGACCAGGGACGUGGUGGCAUGAUGUUGUUCAGUGAUGUGAAUGAACGGGCAUUGAGGGACCAGGAGAGGAUGAAGAAGAUUGCGGAGAAAUUGAGCGGUGGGAAGCUAUGAGUGGAGUUGAUAUUCAUGUCACACUUCAGAGGAGUGUUGCGACGAAGUCGAUCGAGCGGGAGAGACUGAGCGUGAGCGCCCCGGAAAAUUGGCAUUGAGGUGGGAGGUCGAUAGAGAUCAUCCCCGGGAAGGGCGUGUAUAACUAUGUAAAAUUCGAGAUAGGACAAGAAAGUUGGUCCUAAGUUCAACGGUAUACAUGCAUUCAUCGCGAGGUCGAUCUCGUCGAGCAUUAUUAGA